CUCUCUAGGCGGCCGCACCGUAGGUGGCUCCGGCUCUUCAGCGGACACCCUCACUGGUGCAGGUUCCGCUGCCCUCGCAGGCCGGGCCUCUACGCGCGCCGGUGUCUCUCAGCUUGACCCCGAGGAGCUCGAAGCGGCCAAGGUAGCACUGCAGCAUGAGGAGGCGGAGCGUGAGGCUAUUCGACGUCAAGCUGAGAGAGACGAUAUGGCUCCGGGCGUCGAGGCUUCGUAUUCUACUCAGACUCAAGGUCACCUUGAGCGAGAGCGUGCUGAGGAGCAUGACCUGCCCCCAGCAUACGGCGCCACCUCGCCUGCUGUCACGACCUUUGUCCGAUCUUCCUCAUCCUCUCAACGUAGCGAGCACGGUAAUUCAGCGGCCGACGGCAAUCAGGCGCGAGACGCUUAGGCGGGUAUAUAUCGGUGGGGAAGCGGCGGAGAAUCUGAGGAAGGUGCUGCUCCUCUCAAAGUGGAUCAUGGAGGCAGCUGGAAGGAUUGCGGAGCAGGGAAAGAGUGACCAGGGAGAAGAAGUGAAGGGCAAGCAAGCAGAAGCGGGACACACGUCACGGUCAGGCCCUGACGGUUUCAAUCAGCUGGAGGUCGAUGCGAUACAAGAACCGACACUUUGGCACCAUCGACUUGAGGGAGCAGUCGAGGUCCUCACGGUCUGUGGCGAAGCGGCGGACGUGGCCGCUUUCCUUGGCGGAUCGAGCGUCGUCUGGAGAAUAGCGAGAGCAGGAUACACCGAAGCGGGCCACAAAGCAUUGAGAGCAAGACAAAGGAGAGGUCUCGAGCGAUUAGCGCUAGGCUUCGAGCUCGUCGCCCUGCUCCUUCAACUCUACACCCUGUCCAUGGCUCGCAAGAGAUGCAGAAGAGCGCUGGGGCGCAUUCAUCGUCAAUCACUCCUCCUCACCGAUAAGCUAGCAGAUGCCCAACAAGCAGCAGCAGCACUUGCGUCAGCACAUCCCCGCACGGGUGCUCCUCAACCCCUCAUUUCCUCCUCACCGCACCUCUCUCACCUUCAUCCCCCACAAUUGCGUCUACAUCGCCACACCUCCAGUCGCCCCUCCUCAUCCCCGGUCGAAACAGCCAUGCAAGACCUCGACUCCGCCGAGUCGUGCUUCCAGCGGGUACGCCACUCGAUCAGUCAAAUGCUGCUCGAGACGCGCGUGGCUGCUUGUGAGGCUGUCUUUGCUGGUGCGGAGCUGCUGUUGCCGAACAGUGAAAAGGAGGGGCUGGAGGCUUGGACUGCCCUGUUGGCUGGGGGUGCGGGAAUGCUCAAGAGCUGGCGCGAGGAGAUGUCGUAGAGCUGCAGCUUCGACUGUUCAUCUUUCUCCUGUACCCCACAAACCCCACGCCCAGCUUC